UUACGCUCUCUCUCUCUCUGUUCCGGCAGCUGCUGCUGCUUCUGCAAUUAACGAGGAGAAGCUUCCCACAGGAAUGGCUAUUACUGGUUUUGUGUCAGGUAGAAGCAGCACCCAAAAGGCUUAUCCCGGGAAGACGACUCCCUUCGUGAUCCUUACGUGCCUUGUAGCAGCCACCAGCGGUCUAAUCUUUGGUUAUGAUUUAGGCAUCUCAGGUGGAGUCACCUCCAUGGAGCCGUUCCUAUCAAAGUUCUUCCCUUCGGUACACAGAAAGAUGAUGAUGGCGGCAGAGAGGAGUUCCAACCAGUACUGCAAGUUCGACAGCCAACUCCUCACCACAUUCACCUCCUCACUCUACUUAGCGACUCUCGUCACCUCCUUGUUGGCAUCGACCGUGACGAGGGCACUCGGAAGGAAGAACUCCAUGCUCAUUGGGGGUGUCAUCUUCCUCGCUGGAUCUGUCAUGAACGGUGCCGCCGAGAACGUCGCGAUGCUCAUCGUCGGCCGAAUCCUUCUCGGUGUCGGUGUUGGGUUCGCCUGUCAGUCAACUCCUCUUUACCUUUCGGAAAUGGCUCCGCCUCAUCUCCGCGGCAUGCUUAACAUGGGAUUCCAACUAAUGAUAACCUUCGGCAUCUUCUCUGCCAAUCUCAUCAACUACGGCACCUCCAAGAUCAUAGGUGACUGGAGCUGGCGCAUCAGCUUAUCACUUGCCGCAGUCCCUGCCACGAUCAUCACAGUAGGCUCUGUUUUCCUCCCCGACUCCCCCAACUCGCUUGUGGCUCGCGGUCACACCGAGAAGGCGAGAACGACGCUUCAAAGGAUCCGCGGCAUCCAAGACGUGGACGAGGAAUUCAAUGACAUGGUUGCAGCAAGCGACGAAUCGAAGAGGGUUCGACAUGGUUGGUCGAACAUGGGAAAGAGAAAGCACAGGCCACAGCUUGUGAUGGCUGUGCUGUUGCCUUCGUUUCAGCAGCUGACGGGUAUCAAUGUCAUCAUGUUCUACGCUCCGGUGCUCUUCAAGACCAUUGGGUUCGGCAGCAAUGGGUCGCUGAUGUCCGCAGUCAUCGUAGGUCUGGUGAACAUGUUUGCCACAUUGGUUUCCAUCUCUACUGUGGACAAGAUAGGGAGGAGAUUGCUCUACUUGGAGGGCGGACCUCAAAUGUUUGUUUGCCAGAUCAUUGUCGGAACGCUGAUAGCGGUGAACUUUGGGAGCACCGGCGAAGCCAGCAUGUCGAAGCUGUAUGCUUGGAUCGUGGUGGCCUUCAUCUGCAUCUACGUCGCAGGGUUUGCAUGGUCGUGGGGGCCGCUGACCAUCCUGCUACCCAGUGAGAUCUUCCCACUGGAGAUCCGAACGGCCGCCCAAAGCUUGGCCAUAUCAGUCAACAUGUUCUUCACCUUCUCCAUCGCCCAGGCCUUCCUCCCCUUGCUCUGCCACCUCAAGUUUGGGCUCUUCUACUUCUUCGGAGGCUGGGUGGUGAUCAUGACCACCUUUAUCUACUUCUUUCUGCCCGAGACCAAGAACAUCCCCAUCGAGAAGAUGGUUCUUGUUUGGAGAGAUCAUUGGUUCUGGGGCAGAUUCAUCGAUGAUGACGGCCAUGCUCAUGGAGGCCAGGAGCCGGUGGAUGCAGUGGAGAACAACAGAAAGGUAGUCUCUGCUAUCUGAGACACCAAAAAAGAAUGUAUUUUGUCAUGUUUUAAGCCAAGUUUACAUUUGAUAUCCAAUGUUCGUCACGGUAUAUUUUUCUUUGGCUUUUGGAGACUGCAUCACAAAGCUUUCAGCUUCUCUGUUCAACACUCGCGGCUACUUCUGGCUCAACAUUGAUCGCAGUGAAGAUGACAAUCUUUAGUAGAA